CCGUGGACCGCCUGUCUCUGCGCCUCUGCUCUUUUUCUUUUCAAUCAAGUGUUCAACCGUUUUGCUGUGGCAUUAAACAGCCUUCGUCGUUCUUUACCUUCGAAACAUUCACAUUCACAAUGGGAGCUAACUUGUCAAAGGCUUUGGGCAAGCUCUUCGGCAACAAGGAAAUGAGGUUGUUGAUGCUUGGCCUUGACGCCGCUGGGAAAACAACCAUUCUAUACAAGCUUAAGUUGAACCAAUCCGUUACCACCAUCCCCACUGUUGGUUUCAAUGUCGAGACGGUCACCUACAAGAACGUCAAGUUCAAUGUUUGGGAUGUAGGGGGACAGGACAAGAUCAGGCCACUGUGGAGGCACUAUUAUACCGGCACUCAGGGUCUUGUCUUUGUGGUUGACAGCCAAGACAGGGACAGGAUCGAUGAAGCGAAGCAAGAACUACAUCGUAUAUUGAGCGACAGAGAGAUGAAGGAGUGCCUGUUGCUUGUCUUUGCGAACAAGCAGGAUCUUCCCGGAGCCAUGUCCCCCGCAGAAGUUACUGAAAAACUUGGUCUGCAUCGCAUGCGCGACCGCUCGUGGUACGUGCACCCAAGCUGUGCGACGACAGGCGAGGGCCUUUUUGAGGGCCUCCAAUGGUUGAACCAGAACGUGAAGAAGCGACAACCAUGAACCCACUGCACGAACACGUCCCUCGUGAUACCAUGAUCUCCCCACCAUCUACCACAGUAGAUCUUUAUCUCGUCGAUACCCACGUUAUGUUAUCUCCCACUCAUGGCCUGCACGACCCCUCCCACGUAUGACAAUCUAUCACCCAUGUUCAGUAUUGUCCUGCGCUAUCUACUUCGUUUCUGUUGCCUUUUCGCGUGCUCAAAAGUACGAGGACUUUUUCUGUUCGCGAUUCGUUUCUCUAUUGGUCUCCUCUUAGCUUUACAUACAUUAAUUGGAAGAGUUGUGCUGCCCCAUGCGAAUGACGAUAGCUUGUCCAUGCUAUGCCCGUCUCGACUUUCCGUAGUAAUGCAUGUCUCGAGUCUGCUUACAUACUACUUGCC